GAAUGACCUCCAGUAUCAGCGGAGAUGGAUACCGUCUGUUUGCAGGCCCCCUCUGUAUCUAAAUUGCGCAGGGCACCUGCCUAACUAUUUAACAAAUUUUACAGAUUAGCUUGUGUGUAUUUUUUUUAUUUCAAUUGGCAUAAGAAUAUACAACACUGUUGGAUCCUGAGCCAAGAUUCCAAAGAUAUACACGCAACUGCUGGAUCAGAAGGUAAUGAGGAUUUUAUAGAGAGGAGCACUUCUGAAAAUUUAUGAAAUGGAUUAUGCUAUUACAGUUAAAACAGGCGAUCGUUUCUUAUCCGGUACCGAUUCCACAGUAUAUAUUGUCCUCCAUGGGAACAACGAGCGGGCAACGAAACCUGCCAAUUUAGACAACAUUUUCCGAAAUGAUUUUGAACAAGGAGCGACUGACGAGUUCUGCAUCAGUAACGAUGAUAUCGGCGAUAUUGAGUGGGUGGAGUUGUGGAAGGACGGAUUUGGGGUGGCGGCGGACUGGUUUGUGGAGCGGAUCACGGUUAACCAAGGAACAAAGACGUUUCAUUUCCCGAUUAUGAAGUGGAUCAAAUCAGGUGUUCACUAUCGGAUUCAGCAUUUAGACACAUGUCUUCCCAUGAAUGACAGAUUCCCCGACCAGCGAAAUCAGUUUUUGGAGGAAAAAAGGAGCGUAUACGAAUUUUCCGUCAAGGGUCCGGGCCUCCCCGCCCAGGUGAAAGCUAUCCCAGAUGAUGAACAGUUUUCAUUUGACUACAAAUGGAACAUUGCAAAGAGGAAACUGAAGAUGAUAGCGGACUCCAAGCUCCAGUUACUGACCCAGGGAGGAAAAUGGGAGGGGAUCCAACAUCUGACCAAGGUCUUCACUAACGCCUUCGGCGAGCCGCUGGGGUGCAAACGAUGGAGUAACGACAUAUUCUUUGGCUGGCAGAGAAUAAACAGCAUGAACCACUCUUUAAUAAAACUUUGUACAGAAAUCCCAAAAAAGUUAGGGGUGACGGACAUAAUGCUGCAGCCCUUCCUGGAGGGAUGGCCCCUUCAUCAGGUGAUGGAGGCCAAACGGCUGUUUAUAGUGGACCUAGAAAUAUUACAGGAUCUCCCCUGUAAAAACCCAGAUUUCAUAUGCCCGGUACCCAUUGCCUUAUUUUUUGUGAAUGGUGAUGGACGACUUGUUCCCAUAGCCAUCCAGUUGUUCCAACAGAAAGCCAAUGACAACCCUGUUUUCCUUCCAACAGACCCUCCCUACACCUGGAUGAUGGCGAAAAUGUGGUAUAACCUGGGGGACGCCAGUUAUCACCAGUCCCUAACUCACCUAGGCUACACACAUCUGAUUAUGGAAGGAGUUUGUGUCGCAUUUCAUCGUAAUCUUUCUCAAUCUCAUCCACUCUUCAAACUUCUAGCGCCCCAUUUCUUGUACCUCAUAGCCAUUAACACGCGGGGCCUAGAGCUCCUGGUGGCUCCGAACGGGUGGGUGGAUAAAACCAUGAACAUUGGCAUCAAAGGAAUGUUCGACUUGAUUGCUAGAGGGUUAAAAGAAUGGCGCAUGGAUAUUCAUGGUACACUUCCGGAAGAUCUGAAAAGAAGAGGGGUCUACUGUCUCAAUGGGAAAAUUCUACCCGGUUACUACUUCCGAGAUGACGCGUUACUCCUGUAUGACGCCAUCAAAAAAUACGUCACUAAAUACGUUAAUCUUUACUACGAUUCUCCAGAAACAAUUGAGAAAGACUGGGAAAUACAGAACUUUGGCCGUGAACUGACUCUUUCGCGCGAAGAAGGAGGAUGUGGUUUACUUGGUGUUCCAUUCGAUGGUAAAUUUAACAAGCCUGAACAGUUAAUAAUGGUGUUCACAUGCAUCAUCUACACAUGCAGUGUUGCGCAUGCGUCUACAAAUUUCCCGCAAUACGACGAGUAUGCAUUCCCCCCAAAUUAUCCAGCUUCUAUGAACGGAGUACCGCCCAAAGACAAGAGUCCGUUAACGGAAGAGGAUAUUUUGAUGACACUUCCGGACAAAAAGACGACACUGGACGUCAUGACGGUAACCAAGAUUCUCAGCGAUCGCGGUACAAAGAGUCUGGGCGACUUUGAAGUACAAUACAUAUUUGAUCCAGAUGCAAAACAAAUAGUCCAAGAGUUCAGAGCUGAAUUGAAAGAAAUAAGCAUGAAAAUCAAAAGGAGCAACGAACACAGAAAUCCGAAAUACGAAUGGCUUGAUCCUGAAGUGGUUCCGAAUUCUAUCAGCAUCUAGAAGUAAAAGGGCCUUGGGUACAUACUAGAUAGUGCAAUAUGAAUACCAGAUGUAUAUAACGGAAGUACCACAUUCAGAGCAAUUUAACAUUUUAUUUAACAUUUUAUAAAAUUUGUGUAUUUACAUUUUUUAGUAUUUGUCAUAUACGUGUACAUAAAUGUACAACUAUUUGUGACUAGAUAAUUUUGUUAUCUUUAUUAUGGAUUAAUAAAUGAUUUUUUUCUACACUAUUAGCUUAAUGGUCAUGCAACUGUUGUUUCUUUUUCUAAAAAUUCUGAAGUAUACGCAGAUGUGCAAAUAAAGGGAAUCGAAUUA